UCUAAACGUCAUUACUAACCUACGACCCGAGAGAUCCGCUUCCGGGGUUCCUCACCAGGCGACUGAAGCAUUGAAUGUACGAUCGUAGUCGCUGAUAACUUUUACAAUGGCUCGAAACGCUGAGAAGGCAAUGACUGCUCUGGCAAGGUUUCGCCAGGCCCAGCUGGAAGAUGGAAAAGUUAAGGAGAGGAGGCCAUUCCUUGCAUCAGAGUGUAAUGAUUUACAUAAAGCAGAGAAAUGGAGAAGACAGAUAAUAAGUGAAAUUUCCAAAAAGGUAGCACAGAUACAAAAUGCUGGUUUGGGAGAAUUUCGGAUUCGUGAUCUGAACGAUGAAAUCAAUAAGUUAUUACGAGAGAAGGGCCAUUGGGAAGUCAGAAUAAAGGAAUUAGGAGGUCCAGACUAUGGAAAAGUUGGACCAAAAAUGUUGGAUCAUGAGGGAAAAGAAGUUCCAGGCAAUAGAGGAUACAAGUAUUUUGGAGCAGCUAAAGAUUUGCCAGGAGUACGAGAACUGUUUGAAAAAGAACCACCUGCCCCACCACGAAAAACCCGUGCUGAGCUCAUGAAAGACAUUGAUGCAGACUAUUAUGGUUACAGAGACGAAGAUGAUGGUGUCCUUCUACCUCUGGAACAAGAGCUUGAGAAGCAAGGACAAUUUGCAAGAUUACCGAUUACCAAUUCCAGGCAAAAGUCAACAUUUGUACUGCAUGAAAGGCAAGUGCUGACUGGUUAG